AUGCUUCCUUCAGAAAUUCAAGUUGAUACCGAUUCUGAUGAGAGUGAAGAUCGUUUUCCCAGAAAAAAAACUAAAAUAUCGGAUAUAAAUGAACAAUCAUUUGAUAGAGAUAUUUCAAUUGAUGAAGGUAGUCAAAACUAUGAUGAAAUUGAAUUGGAUAAUUAUUUUGACCAGAAAAGUUUAAAUUUGAACAAUCAUCAGACAGUAUCUUCAGGAGUAUCUGAUGAUGAUGAUGAUGAUGAUGAUGAUGAUGAUGAUGAUUAUAAUGUUAAUAAAUAUGAAGAUAGUGAAAGUGAAGAUUAUGUACCAAUUUCAGAUGGUGAAUUUGAAUUAGAAAAGUAUGUAAUAAACGAAACAAAUUCUAAGACUUGUGGUAUUGAAAAAUCUGAUGGAGAAUCUGUCAAAGAUGGUGGUGGUGCCAAUGAUUAUAAUAACGAUGAAGAAAGAAUGACUAAAACCUAUAAAUCCAUAGGUAUAGACAAUGAUGAAUUAUAUGAUUUACUAGACAAAGCAUAUAAAGACAAAAAUAAGACCCACAGUGAACAUAAAAAGAAAGUUGUUACUCAAGAUGACUUUAAAGAAUAUGAAAAAAUUGUGUUAGAGGAAGUGUGUAAAAAUCAUUUUGAUAUUUUACCUGAAAAUUGGAUUGAGGCAACCCAUAAAAGUGGCAUGCCUAUUUAUUUACACAAGAAAAGUAGAGUUGUAACAUUAUCAAGACCUUAUUUUUUGGGACCAGGUGAUCCUAAAUCACAUUUAGCCCCAUUAUCAGCAAUUAGUUGUUUACAAUAUCAAAAAGGUCUUGAGAAUAAAGAAAUUAUAAAAAAUGAACCUGAUUUUCAGGUUAGUAAACUUGGUGAUAUGAUUAUACCAAAUGCCAAAGUGGAGACUGCACAAGAAAAUAUUAUUAAAGAAUCUUUAACACACGUGGAGUUGCGGGAAUAUUGUCAAUCACUAUUUAAGUUCAAGGUUAAAGAAGUGAAAUCUCUAAGUAAAAUGCCGAAAGAACCAAGUAUAAAAACUGAAAUUUCUAGAGGCACACUAAAAAAUACCAAAGAAAGACCUUCGCUUCCAGAUAGUACUAAAUUGAUAUCAUUUCCAGUUCAAACCGAGGACCACGAUAAACGGUGUAAUCGUCGUCGAGAAUGGAUAAUGAAUCCAAAUGGUAAAAGUUAUGUGAGCAUAUUACAUGAAUAUUUACAACAAGCAUUGAAAACCCAACCUUGGUAUGAGUUUAAAGAACUUGAAAAUACUGAAACACCUUAUUCUGCAACUGUUGUGCUUAAUGAUGUUCAAUAUGGUGUUGGUUUGGGUAAUAGUAAGAAGCAAGCCAAAUUAAAUGCUGCCCAAGCCACUUUAGAUAUACUCAUACCUGAAAUGAAAAAUAAAAUAGAUUCAGAUAUCAAAAACCAACGUGAUCCUGUAAUAUUUGACCAAAUUAAAGUCACCGACCCCAGAAUUACGGAAUUCUGUGCUAAAACCACAGAACCUAGUCCAUAUGCUAUGUUAUUAGUGUGUUUGCAAAGAAAUUUUGGUGAAUGUGAAAUAGGUAUUGAAUAUAAAUUGAACAAUCGUCGUAGGAUGUUAAACCAAUGUACAAUGAUGGUUGGAAAACACACAGCAUCCGUUGCUUGUAAAAAUAAAAGGGAUGGCAAACAAAAAGCUUCUCAAGUAAUACUUGGUUUAUUACAUCCACAUAUUGAUAAUUGGGGUUCGUUGUUACGGCUUUACGGUAACCGGAGCAUUAAGAAUGCUAAAGAAAAAAAACAAGAAGAGCAAGAAAUCACUCAGCUCCAGAGUAAAGCUGCUGUGAAUCAACCAAAUUUUGCUAUAUUAAAUAAACUUAAAGAAGAAAUGUUAAAAAUUAGGGACCAAAGAAAAUUAAAAGAAACUAAUGAAAUGUUAGGAUUACCUCAGACAAUGCUAGCUACAACAUGUCCAUAUACCAUAGCAAUUCCAUCAUCAUCUACAAGUCCUAACUAA